AUGGACUCACGCCUCGAGGCCUCGGGCGUGGACGAGCUGGCUCGUCGGCGUGGCAUCCGUGUUAUCUCACUGGACAGGCCAGGCUACGGUCUGUCUACCACGCAGCCCAACCGGACUAUCGUGGACUGGCCCGCUGACGUCCGGGCCUUUGCAGAGGGCAUGAAACUCGACAAAUUUUCCAUCAUAGGCGGCUCAGGUGGCGGGCCUUACGCAUUGGCAUGCGCACAUGCACUGCCGCGGGAGAUGCUGGCUGGCGUUGGCUUUUUUGCCAGCGCACCACCAUGGGCGGCUGGCGUGCAUCACAUGUCGCGGGCGCAGAGGGUAAUGCUGCUGUCUGCUCACGAAUGGGGAUUCAAGUUUGAAUAUGUCGGCUACAACCAGGUCUGGAUAUGGCACGGGGCCAAUGAUGCAAAUGCUCCUAUCGUCAUGAUCGAAUACUUGGCCAAGAGGCUGCCCCAUUGCACACUCCGCGCGUUCUCAUAUGAUACCCACUUCACCAUGUUCAAACGUCUUGAGCUUGCUUUGGACGACUUGUUUCCUGGCGAGACCCGAAAAAAAAACCAUAACAUUGCUAUGCCGGGAAGGCUGCUCCUUAGCCUUCUUCUAUUCCACUAA